AUGAAAGAUAAUAAUUAUUUAAUCUUUUUAAUAGUUUCAAUAUUAUUAUUACUUGUGUCAAAUGGAGAAGUGAUUGAAUAUCAAGGUAUUCCAAAUGAUUCAUCACUUUCGACAGCAUGGAAGAAUGGAGCAUUGUUGAAUGAAACAAUGAAUAGAUUACAACCAUUUGAUGAAUUGGUAUUCCCAAAUGAAACGAUUUAUCUUGUUGGUGGUAUCAUUGCACAGAAUCUAGAGUCUGUAGUACUACGGUUCGAAGGUACACUUGUAUUCACAGACAACACUCAUACUUGGCCACGGAAUGCUAGUGGCAAUGUAUUGGAAUGCUUUCAAUUUUCAAACUUUAACAAUGUAACAUUUACAUCAACCUACCAAGGAAUACUAAAUGGACAAGGAGAAGCAUGGUGGGGGUUACUAGGGUAUGUAGAGUAUCACGAGAACAGACCUAGAAUGCUUUCAUUGGGUUACUCUAGUAACAUCCUAUUAGAGAAUAUUGUAUUUAUAAAUUCUCCAUACUGGACUGUAUGGAUUUACAAUGUUGAUGGUUUAGAGAUUCGUCAAUCACAUAUAUCUAAUCGUCGUAAUGAUUAUGAUGGUCAUGACUUUUAUAAUUUAGAAGCAUUUAAUACUGACGGAUUUGAUGUAACAGGUAGAAAUGUUUGGAUUCAUGAUUGUACAGUAUGGAAUCAAGAUGAUUGUAUUGCAAUCAAAGAUGGAUCAGAGAAUAUGUUGAUUGAACGAGUCAAUGCAAGUGGACUUGGUUUAACUAUUGGUUCUAUCGGUGGAUCAACUGUUAGAAAUAUAACAUUCCGUGAUUGUUAUAUGUAUAAGACAUAUAAAGGAAUUUAUGCCAAGUUUAGAGGAGAUGGAUUGAUUACAGAUAUAUUAUAUGAAAACAUUGUAAUGGUAGAACCAGAGACAGGUAUUUGGAUUGGACCAGCACAACAAUCUGACAAUGUAGAUUUAUGUUUACCGGCACCUUGCUCUCUUUGUUGGCCUAUUGACCCAUUGGCACAAUGCAAUAUGCCAGCCAAUGCAAGUUAUAUCAAUUUCACACUUCGAAACAUUACAGUGAUAGGACCAGCCAAACGAACAGGAUUCAUCAUUGGAAGUGCCACCAACCCAAUGAUCAACAUUACAUUUGACAGUGUAGUCUACCAAGACGACACACAACCAAACUAUUUUGCUUGUGAGAAUGUUGCAAGUGGUUAUGCAAUAGGAGGUACUAAUCCAAUCCCUUCAUGUUUCUCCUCAUCAAACGAACAACAACAAAAUCAACAAGUACCUGAUAACUAUAACUAUUACAACUACAACUACUAA